GAGGAAGGAAUCCAAAAUUAGGAGACGUGGAUAAGGCCACGUGGAGGAGAUGACCAAAGAGAGGCAUGGUUCUGGCCAUAAUCUACAUUGGGAGAUGUGAUUAUGGAUUCUAUCUCACUCUAAUAUUAUUUUUUAUUAUAUGCUUGUUAAAUUCCAUUCACAUUUAAUGAUGAUGUGUGUAUAUAUAAAUGCAACUCUCACAAUAUACAAACACACACACAUCGUAUUGUACAUUUAUAAUUAUAUUACACAUUUAUUGUAAGAGAUCAAAGUGAUUGACAUGGCGACUUCCACCUUCUCGUCUCGUGGUGCCCAAACGAUGAACACCAUGUUCGUCAAACCAUUGCUUAGGAAAUCUAUUCACAAGAAGAGCGCGUCACACGACAUAGUGAGGGAGACGGUGAAGAUUGAUGGUGCCAGCGUCCAAGAGGCUGAGAUGAAGACGAUGAGAGGUUUCUCCGUCGCCAGAGAGAUUUCGUCGUCGUCAGAAAGUAGUUGGGUCCCACAUGAAGUCACGGGAAUCUACUAUCCAAAGGGACAAGAGAAGGUGAUGCAAGAUGUGCCUCCUCCGGCUCGUAGCCACGCGGAGGAACUCGUUAACUGGUUCUCUUGAGUCUUGAUCCAACACUCUCCUAUCAUCUCGAUCUCAUCGUGAUUGCAAUAUUGUUCUCUUUGUCUAUGUCUAAUUAUUGUUGUACAAGGAGGAAAAUCUUACUUUUCUGUACCGUAUGUGUGUGUGUAAUUAUAAGUGGAUACGAAUGUAAUCAUGUAUGGUCAUAUAAUCAAUGAUAAUGAAUAAUGAUAAUGGUAAAAAUUAAAUGAGUUAAUUAAGUACCAAUGCAUGCAGUAAAUAACUGCUGCUUUAUGCAUGCUUUCAUUAAUUUGUUUGCUGAUCACCCUUCUAGGGACUAAGUAACGCUUUGUUUAGUGUCAAGCCUUAUCCGAACAAAAUUAAUUUUCUGGUUACAAUUGGAACUACAAGUAGUUAACAAAGAGACUAAGAUUGAAGUUGAACGUGUGACCAAAACUAGUCAUUGUCUUAGAGAACACAUGAUUAAUUAGCUACUACUAUCAGACAAGAAACAAGAAUGUUAUUUCUUUCUUUCAAAAAGACAUGACUUCAGAAAAUAAUAGAAAAGGACAUGACUUUAGACAAGACCACUGCAUGACUAAUGCAGUUGGCUUUGAGCAAAUGGCUCUUCUUCUUUAACAUCCUAACUUGGGUUGAAAUGAAAGUCAAAAAAGCCUGAUUCUUUUUCCAAGGUAACUUUAACUGUGUUGAGAUUUGGAUAGUUUAAAGGCCCUUGCAAGCAUAUCUUUAUGUUGAAUAUGACUUGCAUGGAUUGAACUUUCAAAUUCACAUCACCUCUUAUUAACAAUCAAAAGUUAUGUGUAAUUAAUAAAAAACAUAUUAAAACUAAAAGAAAAAAGCAAAAUAACUGGAAAAAGAAUGACAUCGACGUUAUGUUAACGCUGGCAACAAAAUCUUAAACUCUUACUAUCGGCAUUAACGUCGGCGUGGUUCCUUUUUCAGCUAUUUUGCCUUUUUAUAAUUUAAUAUUUUUAUUAAUUUUACAUGGCAUUUUGAUUAGUGAUAAAAUGUGAGGUGAAUUUGAAAAUUCAACACAUGGAAUGAACACAAAUAUUUUUCAUUAGAGAAGCCCUAGCAUCUCAUGAUUAUCAAGGGAGGAAAGUCUCAUGACGAACAAACAAUAUUAAGCAUAAAGAAACAGUGUAUAACCAGUGUCGGAGCCACCUUGGAGAUACGGCGAUCAAUUGAACCCAUAUGAUAUAAAAUUAAAGCUUCAUUGACAAAAACAGAAAAAAGAGGCAUGUAUUGCAUGUUUUUGCGGUGGUAAACAGGUUAGAAUUUCUCUUUUGACCCCGUGUCUUGAGUUCAAAACUCAGAAAUGACUUUUUAGCUAUGAUAAAUUAAUUAUGACCCCUAUAAUAUGAAUGAAUGUCCAGCUCUGUCACUGUGAAUAACAAACUCUCGUUUAUAAAUGAAGCAACGUCGUUUCUUUAUUUGGCAAAGACUCCUUGUGCAUCCUAGUCUUUGCUAUCUAUUUCCUCCAUUUUGCUUUAUUUGACAAAGACUCUCUUUGACUCAAAGUCUUUGCUAUCUAUUUCCCAUCAUCUAGUCAACCCACCACUUUGACUUCACUUGUGUUGCAGUCUUUCUGGCCUUCUUCUUCCUUUUCCGGGUUUGACCUAUCUUUACUAAGAUGGAGGUAUUCAAUUUAAAAAUUCAACUAAAAUUGAAAGAAUUGAAGUACCCAUUAAUUUCUUUGUUAUUCAAUUAUGUAUUUCAUCAAUUCUUUUAAAUUUUUGUGUCACUGGAUUAUGUAUUUAAAAUCAUUAAUUCCACUAUAAUACUUUAAAUUUUUUUUAAAAAAUUAGUGUUAUUCAGUUCAAUAAUUUUCUAAUUCUGUUAAAUAUUUAUGUUAUUCAGUAUUAGUAGAUUUCAUGAUAACUGUAUUUGAAAACAAUUUUUUAAAAAAAUUAUUAUAAAAUGUAACCUUAGCUAGGAAUUGAAGGGAAUUAUUUAUUUAAUUUAUUUAUCAGAUAUGUACAUCAAAAUAAUUAAUACUACAAUAAAUUUGAAAAUGUAAUGUUCGUUAUCAAUUUAAAAUAUAUAUUAUCGUUUUGACGAAACCACAAAUAAAUACCAUUUGUUGUAAUUCAUAUUACAAUGAAAAAAAAAAUUCUUAUAUUCCGAUAUAGUCUUAUCUCCACAUAUUUAUAUUUUCAUAUAUAAAUAAUUGACUAUUUAUUAUUUUUGUUAGUAGAGUUUUUAUUCCACUUUUUAAAGUGACUUUCUAUAUGUAUAUGAUAUAGAAAUGAUUAUGUUUUUAUCAGUAAAAUUUGUGUUCUUUCUUUGUGCAUUUUAUAUAAAGAUUCAAAAAGUUUAUGAAAUUUAGAGUACUUGGUUACUAUCAUCUGUCACACUCGCUGGGAUCUGGAACGGACACGAUGGAGCUAAGCUUCUGCAGCAAAACUCCGAUCUCCAGGUGCGUUCACUGAUCGACCUCCGCAACGGUGUGGGAGAAGACGAUGACGGUGUUGCUCUCUGCAACCUCUCUAGCACUGAGAUCUUCUCCAGCUGUUUGGAGUUCAACUUUCUGUCAGAUGCCGCUAUCACGAAGUCGGACUGGGGCUGCAGGAACCUCAGCCUUAAUCAAGUCCGUCAAGCUUCUGUGGAGGCAGCCGCUUGCUUCCAGCUGGCGCUUCAGAUCUGAGAGGUAUGAGACCUUCUUUGCAGGUGUUUACGUAUCUGUAUUAUUUCGAUCGCCUAUAACUAUGAUUUUGAUUUCGUAUGUGUUUUCCGUAUGAUGUUUAGGGAUGUGUAUUUUGAUCGCCUGCUAUAACUAUGAUCUCGUAUGUGUUUUUGUAAUGUUUCGUUCAAUAUUAUAAUAUGCUUCUAUGAUUUACAACUUAAUAGAACCAUAUAACAGCUUCAACAGUUAUUCAGAAUCAAGUUAAAAAAGUUUUUUAUAUUUUUUCUGCUAAAAAAAAUCAAGUUAAAAGGUGUUCUUAACGUUCCCAGACUAGAUUGCAUGAACUUUGAUGAUGACUUGUAAUGCAAGGAAAGACGAGUGUUCUCAUGAUCAAUGAUCAAGUCCUAUAAGCUAUGUUGUAACUCCUCUGCUUUUAUACCGCAAAGAUAAAGCUUCUUAUACAAGUUAACAUGAAACAGUUUUGCCAUCUAAAAUUCA